GUUUCUAACUGGACCAAAAUUCCACCACCACUUUUCAAAAAAGUUGUCAUUGUGCUGAUAGAUGCUUUGAGAGAUGACUUUGUGUUUGGAUCCAAAGGUAAACAGUUUAUGCCAUAUACUACACAAGUUGUUGAAAAAGGGACAUCCUACAGCUUCAUUGCUGAAGCAAAACCCCCCACUGUGACUAUGCCUCGAAUUAAGGCUUUGAUGACGGGGAGCAUACCUGGUUUCAUUGAUGUUAUUGUGAACCUCAAUUCUCCAGCUCUGUUGGAUGACAAUCUCAUAUGGCAGGCAAAAACAGCUGGAAAAAGAAUAAUCUUUUAUGGUGAUGAUACUUGGGUUAAAUUGUUUCCAAAGCACUUUGUGGAAUAUGAUGGAACAACGUCCUUUUUUGUGUCAGACUUUACAGAGGUUGAUGAUAAUGUUACCAGGCAUUUGGAUAGAGUGUUAAAGAGAGAAGACUGGGAUCUCCUAAUAUUACAUUACCUGGGGUUGGACCAUAUUGGACAUAUGACUGGGCCAAACAGCCCAUUAGUGGGACCAAAACUUCAUGAAAUGGAUAACAUCCUGAAGAAGAUUCAUAUUUCUCUUCUUUCAAAGGUAGAAGAAGGUUCUCUGCCUAAUUUGCUAGUUGUUUGUGGGGAUCAUGGGAUGUCUGAAACAGGUAGUCAUGGUGGUUCUUCAGAAGGAGAAGUGCAUACACCACUGCUGUUUAUCAGCUCCGCUUUUGAAAAGAGAAGGGGUCCUCUAACCCAACCUGAAUUAGUGCAACAAACUGAUUUAGCUAGCACACUGGCAGUGGGCCUUGGUCUACCAAUUUCAAGAAACAGUGUUGGGAACCUUAUAUUGCCAGUUGUGGGAGGCAAGUCAAUGAGAGAACAGCUACGUUUUGUGCAUUUGAAUGGAUUCCAGCUUAGCAGACUGCUGCAAGAGAACACACCUGCAUAUGAGAAAGAUCCUGGAUAUGAACAUUUUAAGAUAGCAGAAAAGUCCCAUGGUAACUGGAUCAAACUGUAUUUAGAGGGAAAUAAUUCAGAAAUAAUCUUAAGUCUUGGCAAAAAAGUCUUGAAACAAUAUUUGGAGGCUCUGAAGACUCUGAGUUCUUCACUAAGCAAACAAGUGGCACAAUAUGACAUGUAUUCGAUGAUGGUGGGGACUGUGAUCAUUAUGGAGGUUCUGCUGCUCCUUUUGCUCAGUGUUCCAAAAGCCCUGAGUAGCCGGGCAGAAUUUGAAGUGCCUCUCUCCCCUUCACUGUUCUCUCUGCUGUUUUACUUGAUGUGUCUGAUGCUCUGUGCAGUUCACGUCAUUAUAUGCACAUCAGCUGAAAGUUUGUGCUAUUUCUGCAGUAUGUCCUGGUUGACAGCAGUUGGAGUGAUGAUGCUGAUUUCCGCACUCAUGUGCAGUAUUUUGUCUGCCAUUGCAAAGAUCUUUGAGAAUUCCAGACUUCCACCAAAG